CCGGUGGGCGGGGCCAUGCGCCCAGCGCAGCGUGCGAGUCCCCGGGGGAAGCUCCGCCCCGUCCCGCCGCCGCAGCCGCCUCACUCCUCCCCGCUCCUCCCCGCGGCCGGGCGGGCUGCGCAGCCGCCGGGGCGGUGGAGGCGGCCGGCGCCCCGCAGCCGCGGCUGUAGCCGGGCCCCGCCGACGCCAUGGCGCUGGUCACGCUGCAGCGCUCGCCGACCCCCAGCGCCGCCUCCUCGGCCAGCACCAGCGAGCCUCAGCGAGAGCUUUUUCAUGGUGAAAGGCGCAGCCCUUUUCUUACAGCAAGGAAACAGCUCCCAGGGCCAGCGAAGUCUCCAGCAUCCUCACAAACAUGCAGGUGACUUGCCCCAGCACCUCCAGGUGAUGAUCAACCUCCUUCGCUGUGAGGACAGGAUCAAACUGGCUGUUCGUUUGGAAAGCGUGUGGACAGACCGGGUCCGGUACAUGGUGGUUGUGUACAGCAGCGGGCGGCAGGACACGGAAGAGAACAUUCUGCUGGGUGUGGAUUUCUCCAGCAAGGAGAGUAAAAGCUGCACUAUUGGAAUGGUUCUUCGUCUGUGGAGUGAUACUAAAAUCCACCUCGAUGGUGAUGGUGGCUUCAGCGUGAGCACUGCGGGGAGAAUGCACAUCUUCAAGCCGGUAUCGGUGCAAGCCAUGUGGUCUGCUUUACAGAUCCUGCACAAAGCCUGCGAGGUGGCUCGGAGAUACAACUACUUCCCAGGUGGGAUGGCCUUGGUCUGGGCCACGUACUACGAGAGCUGCAUCAGCUCCGACCAGAGCUGCAUCAACGAGUGGAACGCGAUGCAGGACCUGGAGUCCACCCGCCCUGACUCGCCAGCCCUCUUCGUCGACAAGCCAACUGAAAGGGAACGAACAGAACGGCUCAUUAAAGCCAAACUCCGGAGCAUCAUGAUGAGCAAAGACCUGGAAAAUGUGACUUCUAAGGAGAUACGAAACGAGCUGGAGAAACACAUGAAUUGCAACCUGAAGGAAUUCAAGGAAUUUAUAGACAAUGAAAUGCUGCUUAUCCUGGGGCAGAUGGACAAACCGUCUCUGAUUUUCGAUCAUUUAUAUCUGGGGUCCGAGUGGAACGCCUCCAACCUCGAGGAGCUGCAGGGCUCGGGCAUUGACUACAUUUUGAAUGUGACCCGGGAAAUUGAUAAUUUUUUCCCCGGCUUGUUUGCGUAUCACAACAUCCGAGUGUACGACGAGGAGACGACAGACCUGCUGGCUCACUGGAACGAGGCGUACCACUUCAUCAACAAGGCCAAGAAGAAUCACUCCAAGUGCCUGGUGCACUGCAAGAUGGGGGUGAGCCGCUCAGCGUCCACGGUGAUCGCUUAUGCAAUGAAGGAGUUUGGCUGGUCGCUGGAGAAGGCCUAUAAUUACGUGAAGCAAAAACGCAGCAUCGCGAGACCAAACGCAGGCUUCAUGAGACAGCUUUUGGAGUACGAGGGCAUUUUGGAUGCGAGCAAGCAGCGCCACAACAAGCUGUGGAAGCAGCAGGCAGAGAGCAACCUACCCCAGAGCACUGACGGCACCACGGGCUCGGGCGACUUCUUGCUCGAGAGCUUAGACAUCGACCUGGAGAACCGCCUGGCCGACCUGGACACACCUUCGCAGUCGGCGUUCCUGGACAACCGCGCCGGCACAGACGUGUCCGUGGGGUUUAAUUACUGCUUCCGCCGCCUCUCGGACACGCUGCUGGAGAACAAGCUCCCCGGUGACAGGGAGGGGUUCUUCCCCGUGGAGGAGCUGGAGCGGGACGCGCUUGCGGAGCGGGAUGGCGUGCUGGUGGGACAGCCGCUGUCUGCGCCCGCCGAGGGGAGGCUGCCGGAGCCGGUGAAAGCCCUGGGGACGCCGGAGCCGCUGGCGGAGCUGGGCAGUUUCACCGAGAAGGAGGUGAAGAAGAAACUGGAUUUCAGCCCGCGGAAGGGGAGGAUAGUGCUGGACCCAGGGGAGCACGGUGUCAGGGAGGAAAACCCGAUGGAGAAGUGGAAGCGGCGUUUGUCCAUGCACAAGGAGGAGAGCAGGCUUAAUAGAGAGAACUUGAAUAACAACAACAGCAAAAGGAGUUGCCCAGAGGAUUUUGAGCACGAUGCCGUCUUUGGGAUCCUCAGUAAAGUCAAACCUUCCUACCAGUCCUGCGCUGACUGCAUGUAUUCCUCGGCCGGUUUGUCUCCAGACUCCUUUGGGGAACAGUGCGAGAAGCUGAACCCCGGCCCCGCGCGUCGCAGCGCGACCAUCUGCACCCAGCCCGCCCUCCUCUCCCACAUCCACUCGCACCUGCCGGACCACCUGCCCAGCAAGGCACCCUCGGAGGAAGGAAUCAGAACCACGGAUAAUGAGGCUUCCCUUCCUCUGGCAGCAGGAAUGGGCGCUUUGGAGGUUGGCACUUGCAAAUCGCUUGAUCAACACUGUGGUGUUUUGGAAAAAGGAAAAGACGCACCAAAAACCCCGGUGAGAACUCUGCCGGCCAGGAGAAACUCGCACUGCGACAAGUCCCUCCUUAAUGCCGAAGUGGGAAAAGAUGAGUCUCUAGCCAGAAAAGACGGCAAACCUACCAAGGAUCUGAAGUACUUGUUCAACAAAGAUUUGGAAAAGCCGAGUGCGAACAGUUACUUGAUGCAGCAUCAGGAGUCGCUCAUUCAGCUGCAGAAGGCGGGUUUGGUGAGGAAGCACACCAAGGAGCUGGAGCGGCUGAGGAGUCUCCCCUCGGCCGCCUCGGUGCUGCUCCGGGAGAGCCCCCUUGGCAGGGUGGACUCCGGCAUCGCAGAGGAGAGUGAGGAUCUGAUUUCGCAUCACGGCCUCGUGCCUCUUCUGGGAGCGGCACCGCUGAUCCCCGAAGACGCAGAGAACGACGUGGAGAAGUUGGAGGUGAAACGCGUCUUGGAGGGGAUCUCUCAGAAAACCUCCACACCUGUGGCGUGUCGCUUGGAGCACACAAGCAGUUUCACCAAGGACUUUCUGAAGACCAUCUGCUACACCCCGUCCUCGUCCCGCAGCUCCAACCUGACCCGCAGUUCCAGCAGUGACAGCAUCCACAGCGUGCGGGGAAAACCCGGCCUGGUGAAGCAGCGGACUCAGGAGAUCGAGACCAGGCUGCGCCUGGCUGGUUUGACUGUGUCUUCUCCUCUGAAAAGGUCCAAUUCUCUCGCCAAGCUGGGAUGUCUUAACUUGUCCUCUGAGGACUUAUCCAGCGACAUGGACGUGUCGACCAUCACGGACUCCAAAGAGGCCGUUUCGAGCGAGUCUUCCGUGCUCUGUGAGCCACAACCCGCGCUGAGGAGUGCGGACGUCGCCUCCAAACUGGCGGCGAAACCAGCCGUCGGAAACUUGAAGAACACGCUUUGGAUGGGCAAAAGUUGAUGCCUUCUGGGGGGGAUGGAUUACUUUUUCUCUUCCUUUUUUUUUUUUUUUUUUUAUGGCAUUUAUUCAUUGCACCGAUGCAGUUUCAUCGUCUGACUCGCAGUUCAUCUGAUGCCACCUCUUCUUCCUCUCCUUGUACUCUGAAGUGGGGAGAAAAAAAAGCCCAUAAUGGGUCACGAUGAAUGGCACAAGGGAAAAUAAAAUGUAUUGCAUGGCUUAGAAGAGGACUUUGUGUGUGAAUUGCCUGUUGUCUGUAGGUUGCUGUUUCUAGCACUGUUUGCCAAGUAUAAUAAUGUGGUUUUGUGUGUCUGUAUAUAUAGAUAGAUACUUAUAUCUAUCUAUAUAUAUAUAAAACGUUGAAAUAUUCUGUUUCAAAGACUCAAUGAAAUAAUUGGUCAUGACAUCUUGCUUUUUUACGGAACAAACACAAGUCUCAUUAAAACAGGGCGCUUGUGGAAAAAUCCUUAAAAUGGUGACAUCGACACUACCUCUGUUCUUGCUGACUUAGUCUUGGGUUAUUGUUUCUUUGUUUUUUUUAAAAAAGGCUUUUCCCACCGUUGUUUGAAGGUUUUCCCUUAAUGUUUCCUGUAAAGGCCUGGAGGAGGAUGGAGCCGGGACGCCCAAGCUGUGUUCAUGCCGUGCUGGUCCCUCUUUGCUACGUGAGCGGGUGAAUUGUCACGGUCUCACGUUGGCGAGGGACACCGGACUGUGUCGCUGUCACAGCUUACGCUCCUGCGGAGAGACGCCGUGUUCUUUGGAUGUUCUUGCUGUCGUGGUUUGUGAUGUCCCCGUGCUCAUGCCGGCCAGUGAGUGACGUUGGAGCCUAGUGAAGCUUCGUGUGAUGCUGUGUUGGUGUCGUGGAUCCUGUGCUGGGGACGGGCGGUGGCACCGUGCCGAGGAGGGACGGCUCUCCUGGUGUCCCGCCACUCGGAAUCCCCGCCGGCGAUAUGUGUACGUGUAUCUUGUCUGGUUAUUGCUGUUGGGUUUGGUAGAACGGUUCCCGCCUCGGACGCUGUUGGCAAAGCCCACGGGGUGUUUAUGCUGCGUGGCUCCGGAGCGGGGACGUACGUGUCCCGGCUCCUGCCAGGGGUGACAGAUGUAAAUCCUGCUCUCGUUGGGGGGCAUCAAAGAGAAGAAGGGGCUCACUCCAAAGAGGACAGGAUACCGAAGGGUGGGCAGGCCUCCCUUCGGAGCAGAGCUUCUGGUCGCAGGCCAGGGUCGCCGUGUGCUGCUCUUGCUGGGCGAGCAGCUGGAGCCGCAGCAGCUCACCGAUGCUGUUAUAUAUGAAACACGCGUUUUUCUUAGAAUGUUUUGUGCAGGUGGACAGGCGCUCUGGGCAAGAUGCGCUGGCCGGGUUGGGAGAGCUCAGGAUGUGCUGUCAAGCUCGGUGCUCGCCGGGUCCAUCUGAGACCACGUUGCUGCCUUCGGGUGGGAUAAAACAGACCUUAGAGGUCAGGGGUGGCAAACGGGUGCAUUUGCUUGUUCAGCAGCCAGGCUGUGAGCCUGAGCUCUCCUGGAUUUUCAAGAUCUCCAUUGAAAGCCACUCUUAAAAAUCCCCUUUUUGAGGUGGAUGCAGAGCAAGGCUGCAACAGUUGUUCUCAAACUCUGUAUUAAUCAAAAAUCCACUGUCUUGAGAAAGGGAACCAGGUGUUUUAAUGUCCUAAAUGCCCAGAGUUCACCUUUUUUUCCUUAAGACCCCACAUUUUUAUAUUAACAGAGUGAAGCGUUAUAGGGACUGGCAAUCAAUAAAUAACGUCCCUGCUUAAAGAAUCUUAAAUUUGCCGUAGGUUUUUAGCAUAAGGCUCAUGUCCUGUUUCACCCGUGAAAGCUGCUUGGAAGCAGAAGCUGCUGCAUGAGGGGACCCUGGAAAAUGUGCACAAGCUUUUGCUUUUUAGGGCUGAGAAAACACUGGUUCGUGUUCAGAGAAGGACUGAAAUCCCCCGCACCCGAUGCCAGCGUAACGGGCACGUGUGUGAAUCCAGAUCCACUGCAAUAUGUUUCCUAUACUCGUUAUAUAGUUUACACCCAAAUUCUCAAGUGGGUGGGGGUCGGAUUUGAGUAAAUUCAGAAGAAAUUCCGUUAACGGAUGCAAGUGAACCGAUACAUUUCCUUCCUGUUUUCUCGAGUGCCUGCCGAGUUCUGCCCUGCACAAAACCCGCCGUUUUCCCGGGUGCAGCUCGGCACCGACCGCCCGUCCCCACCACGCUCGGGGCCGCGUUGUCACGACACUGUCGCGAUAGAGACGCGGUUCAGUGGGAGCCGUGCUCGGAGCCAACGUGCGCCAGAAGCACCAGCGUGCCAUUCCGGAGGGUUUUGUAGCCAAACCUCCUCCGCUUGCGGACUUUGUUAGAUUUGUUGCAUGAGCUGGUAGCCGUGUUUGUCCUCUGCCACGUGUUGUAAUUGUUCUUUUACAAUGGAGUGCCUUAAGAAUAGUUUACAAAUACUGUGUAUUUAUGCUGAGCUGUUCAACUCUGCUGUUUGCUGUUUGUUGUGGGGGUUUAUUUUGGUGCUUGUGGUGUUUCCGCUGGCAGCGAGAGCGUUACCGCUUCGGCACAUCCACCUCCCGGCCCUGCCGAGCUGGCGCUGCCGACCGCUUCCUCCUGCUCCGAGAGCGGUGAAACCAAAGGGCCGCGCUGAGCUCCCGUGCCCCGUUAUCUAUGCAUCGCUGCCGAAACGCAGAUGGGGGUCACCGGCUGGACGUGCUUUGCCGGGUGUGAAUCCAAACCCUGUCCCGUUCUGCCAGAAAACCCCAAAUGCACAAAACUGGCACCUUAUUUGCAGCCCGGGCUGUGUCGGUCUGUGUGACAACAGCAGCUGAGCUCCCGGUUGUCCUGUCGGUGACGGGGUCUGUGUUAACACCAUGUCCCACUGUGUCACUCGCAGGCAUCGCCGUCCUGGUUAGACCGUGACCGCGGCCCCGGCGAGGAGGGUGGGUGAGUAACGUGGAGCUGUUCCAGCGCAUUGCUGUACUCUAUGAUAACACCGUUCCCUUUAUUUCAUGGUAUUUCUUAAUUCUGGUUUUGUAUUUAAAUAUGCAGUUAUCUUUUGUACUGUACGUCCGCGGUAGGGGAUGCAAAAUGCACUUUUUUUUUUUACUUUUCUUUGUAAAAAUGUACUGUAUAUUAUAUGUGCUUCUUGUGAGGAAAAACAAUAAACUUUUUUUUCUUUGUUUUCCUUUUACAAA